AUGAAACAUUUGACAAACCUUGUGAGGAAAUCUAACAUAUUAUCUUCCCAAUGGCGGCAGAUGUCGUCAUCGGUUGAUAAAGAAGAGAUAAAACGCUUCAGUGAUCUUGCUGAGCACUGGAGAGAUGAAGAAGGGCCAUUCAAAGCUCUUCAUUCCUUAAACAAACUUCGAAUUCCUUGGAUCCUGAAGAACCACUCGAAUAGAGAUGGCACGUUAUUAGAUGUAGGGUGUGGUGGAGGAAUUUUAUCUGUGCCACUUGCGAGAUGUGGGUAUAAUGUCACUGGUAUUGAUGCUGCUGAAGAUGGUGUUGUCGCUGCUAAAAGAUACAUGAGUUAUCCGAGCAUACAAAAUUCUGGUCUAGCUUCUCGUCUAAAAUACAACUGCACCACAAUAGAAGAGUUCGCCCGAAGCAAUGAGAAAGGUUUCGACGUGGUUGUCGCUUCUGAAAUUCUCGAACAUGUGGCAGAUAUUGAUUCCUUUGUUGAAUCUUGUGCAAGAGCGACCAAAACUGGAGGCUCUCUGUUUUUCACCACAAUCAAUCGAACCUUAAUGAGUAAAGUUGCCGCUAUCUGGUUAGCUGAAGAUAUACUAAGAGUCGUUCCACAAGGUGUGCAUGAAUGGGAAAAGUUCGUAAAACCCAGCGAACUGACGGACUGCUUAGAUCGAUACGGCUGUCGCGUGAAAUCGGUUGGUGGAUUUACUUAUAAUUUACUCAAAAACGAAUGGGAUUGGACGGCCAAUAGUUUAGUCAAUUAUGCUCUCGUAGCUGAAAAAAUCGAAUAA